AUGUCAACCAGUGUGGUAGAUCCAAGCAGUCCUAAAGAAGAACCAGCUGAGAAGCAUGUAGUAGACGAAUUAGACGACUUAUUUGGUGAUGAUAGUGAAGAAGAGAAUCAAAUUAAUGACAGUGAAGAGAACGAUGAACAAUCUGAUGCUUCAGGGUCCGGAAAGAAGCUCCGUAGGGUGAUAGACGAAGAAGAGGAUGAAGAGCAAGCGAUGUACAAUAGGAAGUUUCUUGGAGAAGAUUACGAAGGCCAAUCCGAGGAAGAAUUCGAGAAAAAGUACAAGGAGGUUGAUGUUGAAAUUGUGAACCACGUAGUACCAUACAAAACAGCUAAUGCGGCAGAUGAUAAGACUAUAUAUUACGCCAAGGUACCCCAAUUUUUGACGAUUGACCCAAUUCCAUUCGACCCACUUACUUUUCAAAAGAAGGUUGAAGAGCGUAUGGCGAAGUACUCUUCUAAAGAAGACCAACUAGGAGACAGAUUGAUCGAAGAGAAUACGAUUAGGUGGAGAUAUUCGCGUGAUAAAGACCAACGUGUUUUCAAGGAAUCCAACGCACAAAUCAUCCAGUGGUCUGAUGGUUCCUUUUCUUUGAAAAUCGGCGAUGAGUAUACGGAUAUUCUUGUAAAUAAUACAGAAAAUACUUACUUGACCGUUUCACACGAAGACCAGGAGUUAAUUCAAUGCGUCGAAGGUGGUGAAAUAACCAAGUCGCUGAUGUUUGUGCCAACAUCCACUAAUUCAAAGGUACACCAAGCCUUGAGUAAAGCUGUGGCAAGGAGAGAUGAAAGAGAACAACAUGGCCCAAGCACGUAUAUCGUACGCAUGGACCCUGAACUCGAAAAGCGCGAGCUAGAAAAGAAACACGACCAAAUUCUAAGAGAGAGAAGAAAGAAGCAGUUGAAGCAAAAACUAGAACAAGAAAACGCCGGCGAGUCUCCAGAACCACAGUUCAACUUACAGAAGAGCCUGCCUAGACGUAGAAAUCUAGAUGAGUACGAAUAUGACGACGGAUUCGUUGCUGAGGACGACGAGGAAGAGCUAGAAGAAGAGGAAGAUGAAGAGUUUUCUGAUGAACGUAAUGCUUCGGGAAGCGACUCAGAGGACAGUGACUCGGAACAAGAAAGUAAGAACGCAGAGAAAUUAAAGAAGGUCAAGCAGGCAGGCACAGAGGAGUAUCAAACCGAAGAUUCACAUACGAAGAAAAGGAGAAUUGCGGUUCUAGAUGACGAAGACGAUGAAUAA